GACUAAAAGUUCUCUAACAGGGCUAUCUGUCUCGCAGUCUGACAUUUCAAACCGGAAGCGGGGUGGAGCAGACCAUGCCUGUGCGGUUUUUCCAAACAGAUAGGCGGAAAAGACGACGUGAAGAGAGCAACAAGGCUACGCGGGCAGGAAUUCUGAAAAGGAAAAAAUGACCCAGCAGAGCAGCCUCGGCGGGAAUCGCUCUUUCGAGCUUUGGGGUCUGUUGCUACCGGUGAAAAGAAAAGAGGAGGCGGAGCCUGAAGGCGAAGAAGAGGAGAAGGAUGACGAUGACGACCGUCAGUCUUUAUGUGACGCUUUCAGUGGCUCGGACCAGGAGUUUUCCAGACCCGCCUGCGAGACAAUUGUAAUACAGGAUGAAAUAUCUGAAGAGACGUAUGAAGUGACUGGACGGUUUCCAUUUAUUGAUCCUUGGUGGAAAGUGAAUGUUACAGUUAAACAGGCUGGAUCAAAGUACUAUGUGAAGGGGUAUCCGUCUUACUUUCUGCAGACUGAUGCAGGGAAAAAUCAAGUUCAUAUUAUUUCACUGUUCUUUAAAAAAUGUGAUAUCCCAGAAGAAUUUAAAGAUGCAUUUUUUAAGUGGCUUCCUGAAGGGUCUUCUCUAAACUUUAUACAUCUCGAGAAAAUACUAAAACAGUUUCAGGAGUCAAAACUUCAGGAAGGAAAAAUAUCUACAAAUACCCAAAGACAAAUGUGUACAGAUACCAAAAACUUUGACAUUUUCCAUUAUGUUAAGAAUUCUGCUGCAGGGAAAGCGGUACUAGCAGCUUUGGCCUUUCCUAUUAUACUGGAAUUCUUGCCGACGCUUCUGCCACGCAGUGUUUCUUAUUGCAUUGAAAUGUUGGACUGGAGCAGAAUAAACCACAAAGAUGAUAAUUUGACAAAACUGAAUAAAAUCUUGAAGGAAGAGCCAUGGAAACUUGGAUUCAGAGUAUUAAUGAUGAGAGAACUGCAAACUUACCUUGGCGAGGCAUCUUGGAAGGCCAUAAGCAAGUGCAGACAUCUUCUUGAGAAGAUUCCUGAUUUGCAGAAGAAUGCAUUAAUAGUAUAUGAGAAACUCCAACAGAGCUGCAGAGAAAUGGGACAUACAUAUGAAGAACAAAAUGAGCUGACACGUUUGGUGUCAAAGGAUAUGCCUGUGGAACAUGCCUGGCAAUCGCUUAAGUUUAUGAAAGAUGAGAAGAUAGUGGUUACUGAGAGAGAACUUGUGUUCCUCCCCCAUUUGUUCAAAUCUGAAAAACAAAUUGCAGAUUCUGUAUGUGAGCUCAGAAAUAAAACCCCAUGGCAGUUGCAUGCUGAUUCAAAAAAGGUACUUAACAGAGGCACACAUGUUAAUAAUUCAAGUCUCUUGCUUGAUAAGAAUAAAAUAAUUGAUGAAGAACCUUGUGAAAUGGAUCAGAAGGAACCUGACAAUACUUCAGUUGUGCAAGAAAACUGUUAUCAUGGUUUUGACUUUAAAGAACCCAAGAAGGAAUCGAAAUGCAAAAUAGAAGUAGAUCCAGAUCAAGAAAGUGCUAUAGAGCUGAUCUGUUCCAAUCCAGUGACAAUCAUAAGUGGGAAAGGUGGCUGUGGGAAAACAACAGUAGUUACCCACCUUUUCCGCUAUCUAAAUGAGGUGGAAGCAGAAGAAGCUGUAAAUGCCUGUAAAGAUUUUGAAGCUGACCUGGAUGCAUCUGAAGAGUGGAAUACUUUCAGCCAGCCUUCUAAUGGGAUUAAAUGUAGAAAUGAAUCUUUAAACAUUUUGUAUACUGCACCUACAGGACGGGCAGCUUCUCUGUUGUGUCAUAAAGCAAAUUGUCCUGCUUAUACUCUGCAUCAGGUUACCUGCAGUUACUCUAAAUGGGAGGAAAGUGGUAGUCCUCGUCCAUGGAAAUUUUCUGCAGUGAAUGUACUGGUUGUAGAUGAAGGAAGUAUGGUUCCUGUAAGAAUGCUUAGCUGUGUUUUACAACUCUUGUUACACCAUGCCAAACUUGCGAAGCUUGUUAUUCUUGGUGAUGUUAGGCAGUUACCCAGUAUUGAGCCUGGUAAUAUGCUGGCUGAUAUUUUUGAGAGUCUGAAGUCAAGAGGCUGGUCUAUAGAACUGAAAACUAAUCACAGGGCUGAGUCACAGUUAAUUGUGGAUAAUGCAAUAAGAAUCUCUCAGCGGAAAUACCCAAUAUUUGAUGCAGAGCUCAGAAUUUCAGAAGAGAGCAAAACAUGGCCAAUGCCAAGUCCUGAAAAAAAAUUCAUCUUUGUUGUUUUACCUCCUGAAGAUGGCAGUAACUACUUGCUAUCUGCCAUAAAAACUUUGCUUAAAAGAGGGCCAGGACUGGAAGAUCCUGAACAAUCACAGUUCAUUUCUUUUAGAAGGGAAGACUGUGACGUUAUAAAUGAAAUCUGCUGUCAGCACUACUCAGGGCAUCCAAUGCAGUAUGGCAUUUUUGGAGCGCUCUUAGCUGUAUGGUGUUCAGUGUUACAUUUUACCAGUGUUUGUGGUGUAAGCUGGUUUAACCAAAGAAACUGUAAAAACCAACUACAAUUUUUGUGUGGUGACAAAAUCUGUUCCACAAGGAAUGCAUAUAUGAAAGAUCUUCUUGCAAGAGACAGGAUUCUUUGCACAAAGAAUGAUAAAGCCUCUAAGAAUUCUCGUCCAUGCAUUUGCAACAUCUGUUUGAGAAGAGAAGCUUGUCUCUCAGAUUGUAAUCCACGUUCCCUUGGUGUUGAUGACGACAGACGGUUGUGCAAUGGAGAAAUAUUCUUCAUUAAAAAGGAUGAAAAAGUUGAUGGUUGCCGUUUCCUGACUGUUAACAUAACUGAUGGACCUGAGUACACCAUACGCUAUGGAGCUCUCCAAAGAACCUCUAAGAUAAGGCAUGCCUGGGCCAGAACUAUUCACACAUUUCAGGGUUCUGAGGAAAAUACAAUUGUCUAUGUGGUUGGAAAUACAUUUCACCAGAACUGGCAACAUGUAUACACAGCUGUCACUAGAGGACGUCACCGAGUCUAUAUUGUUGCUGAAGAAACCAAACUCCGAACAGUCAUUGCUAAAAACAGAUUUCACAGAAACACUCGUUUAAAUUUUUUAAUGAAAGUUGCACUUGCGACAAAAGAUCAAAUGUCACCUGAAAAGAGUUGCCAAAGUUAUGAGAAUGACACUAGUGACGUUGCUUCUCAUGCUGGAAAUAGUUUCCUUAGUAAAGAGGAGCCAGCAGUUUCUGUGGAAAUGGAAGUUGACCAUGGACUGAGAACAACUGUUGAAUCGACUAAUACUGCAAAUGAAGCUUCACUUCAUUCAGGUGAACACAAAAGGCGAAGUCAAUUUCCAGAUGAUUGUACAAGUCCUUCAAAAGUAUCUUUGGUAACAGAAAAGAAUUCCCCCCUUGGAACUAACAGACUUCGAAGCAUGACACUGAAGAGUCCAGUUUCCAAGCAACUUUUCCCAUGAUAACAGCAAACAUAUUGUUUAACUAGAUGCCUUAUGCUCUGAUGUGUUUCUUUUUAAUAACCAAAAUGUCUUGGAACAGAACUGCAAAGUAUUUAGCAUUGGUGUUUUGUUUUGUUUUAAAAAAAACUUUUUAGCAACGUCAAAGAAGAGGACUUUUCAUCUCUUUUAAAUUGAAGAAAUGCACUUGUGUUUUUUAGGCAUCAGAAUUUUUUAAAUAGAAAGGGUCUUAAUUUUUAUAAAAAUGCAUUUUUUCAUGUUAAUUCUGAGUUACAGUGUUAUGUUUUAAGUGCCACUCAUUUCUAAUAAGCGCUGUAUACCUGUGUUUCUCAGCCAGCAAAGGAGUACCUAUCAUCCUAAUCCUGCUUGUUCAUAAUCCUAUUUGGAAGUCAACACUGUAAACUGCAAAUUAAUAGGAGCUGAGGGUUGCAUUUAAUGCAGUCCUACUCAGAGUAGACCCACUGGAGUUAAUAAACCUAAGUUAGCUAUGCCCAUUAACUUCAGUGGGUUUACUUUGGGUAGACUAUUGUUGAAUACCACCUUGAUUGUUUGAAGCAUUGUGGGCUGCUGCUGCUAGACUUUUCAUUUCUGCAUCUUGUUGCAGUGUUCUGAAGGUGUUGCAAGAAAUUAGUCUCUGGAGCAAUCUACUAACAGGAGACAAAAGUCUUGGUGUGUUCUGGAUUUUAUGAGGUGAUGUCUUUCACUAAAAGCAGUGUUUUAAUCAUAACAAGGCUGUUGUGUUCCAAGGAAGUACUCUAAGAAAUACUUGUGACAUUUGUCUCUGCUUACAAAAGUUAAAAUGAUAGUUCAUAGUAACGAACUUCCUUGUCUGUGAGAAUGGGGAGCAGAGGAAAACUGAAUUCAGUCCUUAUGCGAAAUAGCUGCUUGACAGAACUUUUAGCAGUUUGAAGGGGCUCCACCUGCAUGCAGCACCUGUUUUGCACAGCUGGUUCUCCAUGUAGCUGUGGUUAGGGCCUGCAGAACUCUGUGCCUGUAUGUUUGGUUAUGUUUAUUGACCUUGUGAAUCGCUUCCCACCACAAAAGAGUCCUGAAGCAAUUUGCAAGAGUAAAAUACAGUAAUAAAAAUAAACACAUGUAUGUUUGCCUUAAGCUGCAUUAUGGUAUAAAUAUUUUAUUAGAUUAUAGAUAGAUUCUUAAGAGUCUGUGGAAGAUUUUUUAUUAAUGGAAAACUGAGUGUAAAGUAGGUGUGUGCACGUGAAAGGUGUGAUAAUCCAGACCUAUAGAACUGGUUAGAACAAACUGAACAUGGCUUUUUGCAUUGUAAAACUCAUGUUUCUAAAUCUUCCUGAAUUGUUUACACUUAAUUGAAUUAUCUACAUUGCAUUAAAGAAUAUGGUACACUAUG